AUGAACAGCUCGGAUGCCAUUAGGUCCCGCCACUCACUAUAUAAAGACGAGACGACGGCUGGCUGGGGCAGAUCGAACCCUACAAGGGCCCGGAGACUUCGGAGCUCGGAGACGCCGCCGCCGACCACGCGCCGUACAUUUCGCCCGAGCGCCGUCGUCGCCGCCAUGACCUUCAAGCGCCGGAACGGCGGCCGCAACAAGCAUGGCCGCGGCCACGUCAGGUUCAUCCGCUGCGACAACUGCGCCAAGAGCGUCCCCAAGGACAAGGCGAUCAAGAGGUACAAGGUGCAGAACAUCGUGGCACCGGAAGGCAUCAGCUAUUUCACGGAGGCGUCCGUCCUUGAUGGUUACCAUCUGCCCAAGAUUUACAUCAAGGAGCGCUGGUGCGUGGGCUGCGCCAUCCAUAUGAAGAAAAUCGGUGUCCGCUCCCGUAAGGACCGCAAGAACCGCGCACCUCCGGAAAGCGUCCGCCGCAGGGGGCCAAGACCUGUGGGCCAAGCUCCUCGUCCUGGUGGCGUCGGCGGGGGUCCUGGUGGUGUCGGCGGAGGUUCUGGUGGUACUGGCGGUGGCUCCGGCGCCGGUGGUGCUGGUGGUGGUUUCGGCGCCAGUGCUCCAGCUCCCAACGUCGCUGGCGACUGGCCCCAGAAUUAGCUUCCUAGAGUGCUCUGUUUUUGAUCAGUCUAUCGUAAAAUCUAGCAUGAUGCCAGUAUGUUGUUCUGUCUAGGCUUACAUGGCCGUAUGGUUUCUUACUCGUUGCACUUUGACCGCCUAGAGUAAACCAUGUGUUUCUCUUUGGGCAUUUUCCUGGUAAACACUCAUGAGAGUCCAGGUACUGGAUGAGUUCUCUACUUUUGUUCAGUCUACUACGUAGAAGAUUCUGU